AUGCUUCGACGAGGGUUUGCUGCUAUGAAACAGAGCUCCGCCACCAUCCUCUUUACAGGCCGUGGGACUUUGUACUUUUUGCACAAGGAUGUUUAUGAGCUACUCGGUGGCAAGGAAAGUGUGGGUCAGUACACUAUAUGCAUUGAUGCCGAUGAAGAAGAGAAUGAAGCGCAUUCUUGCCUUUAUUCUAUCAUUUUGUACGAAUAUGAGGAAGAAGUGCUACGCCAGCCCAUUGGAAACGGGCUCACCCUCGCCUACUCCGAAAUUUCUGUGCACUGGUCUGCUUUCAUCGACGGUAAAUUACAGCCUAUAGCAUUUUUGUUUGUGGACCAGGAGCCCAAGGUGAAGGCUGCUGUGCUUUUAGAACAUUUUGUGUGUAUUUACAAUCGAUGUACAUACGCCCUCAUGACCGGAACUUCUGUGGAAAGGACCAAUCCAGAAGAUGAGAGCUAUGAAUACUUGUCGGCCAUUGCAUCGUCGCGGUUGCCAGGGGACACGUUUGAGGAGCCCAUGUAUGAGCUGGAUGUGUCUCAUGAAUGGGCAAACGCCACUGGCAGGGGCAAUGUGUGUUGCGCAGAAUCAAAACGGUUUGAUCGGGCACUAGUGGUGCGUAGAGAGCGGAACGCGGUUGAAUUUCAGGCGCAUGCCUUUGGCGCAGAUGGAUUCGAAAGCAGGGAUCCGGAAAGGUUCCAGCUUGGGGAGGUUUCCACAUACGACAGUGCAUUACUGGACGACACCGAGAGGAAAAUGCUGCUCCUGAGUGUGGACAAGAAUCAAUUGCACCAGGUGGACUUGGAGUAUGGCAAGAUUGUGGAGGAGUACGAGCUUCCUGUCUCUGUUCGCUCAGUGACACACGGUGCCCAUGUGGCUGGCUCUCAGCCCGUGUACACGUGUCUUGCGGACAACGUUGCAUUCAAUAUGGAUCUGCGUAUGGAUCCGCGGAAGAACGUUAUCACGGAGCCCGGUUGCACUCUGCUGGAUUACAAGCUUACCGUAAGAAAGCCGUUCACGUGCCAUGCAACCUCAUCUGCUGGUCACCUUGUCAUUGGCGAUUCCGCAGGAGCCAUCCGCCUGUACACUGGGCCGCCUGGAAGUCGCCGGCCGGACGGCAAGUACAACCCAAAAACAGCAAAAACGCUGCUGGACACGAAGGUGCCAAUUGUCGCCGUGGAUGUGACAGCGGACGGGAGUUAUGUUCUGGCUGUUUGCGCCAAGUAUCUUCUACUCAUGCGGACGGUGUACACGGAUGAGACGAACUCCGAGAAAAAUGGUUUUGUAUCGCGAAUGGGCAAAAAGAAACCGAAUCCGCUGAGGCUUCAGCCAACGCCUCAGCAGAUUGAGGCUGUUGGGGGAAUUGACGAGCUGAACUUUAUUUCUGGCGGAUUUGACCGCUUCGAGGAUGGUCGUGAGACUUGCAUCACAGCGUGCGGCGGGAAGUAUGUGCUCACGUGGAGCUUUGAGGCGGCGAAACGGGCUGUGGAGGAUGGUCACGCGUGCAUUGGAGAGACCGCAUUAGUUAAGCGCGAGGUCCUUGCUGUUUCUGCGACGGUGCCGGAACGAGUGAUGUACAUGACGGAUCAGGACAUCCGCAUGGCGCCACUGAGGCGGCAGGAGCGGCAGGAAAAGGGCACAAAGCAGUACAACUACUUGUGA